UGAGAUAAAUUGUAACAAUAGAAAUGCUAUAGAUAAGAGUGAUAUCUAAAGAGAAAACAAAAAUAGAUUGAUAGACUUAUUAGUCGUUUUGCUUAAAAAUUUGGAGACAGGGAGUUUUCGAAGAAGCAAGAAUGAAUAACUGUUUAGUGUUUCUGUGCUUGCUUCUUCCUGGUGUUGCAUUGGGAAGAGAUUAUUUCACGGCUGCCGUGCUUGAACAUCGACCACGAACUGAUAACACCUCCCAAGAAUCUCCUACUGAUAUAAUCUCCUCCAAUUUGAAGAUAUUUGAAAAAGCAAUACCUUUAGCCGCUAAAAAAGGAGCGGAUAUUAUAGUAUUCAACGAAUAUGGCCUUUAUCAGCAUGUAACCAAUAAAGACAGGCUUAAGGAAUUUGCGGAGAACAUACCUGAUCCAAGGAAACGAAAGUAUAAUCCUUGUCUCGAUAAAGAGUACCAUACAUUUAUUCUAUCAUCUCUUAGCUGCUAUGCUAGGGAAUACAAUAUUUACAUUGUGGCCAAUUUCGGCAACAUUCAGACAUGUUCGGAUACCUGUGAUGCAAAUCGUAUUGACGAGUGCACAAAUUGCCCAAAAGAUGGAGUGAGAAUCUACAAUACAAACGUGGCAUUCGAUAGAGAAGGGAGUUUAGUUGCCCGAUAUCACAAAACGCAUACUUAUUUCGAACACGUGAACGCCGCCGAAGAGAUGGAGUUUAUAACUUUCAAAACCGAUUUCGGAACUUUUGGACUACAAAUUUGUUUCGAUGCUGUGUUUGAAGAAUCAGUUUUAUUAGCAAGAGAUCAUGGAAUUGACACGCUUUUGUUUCCGACGUUUUGGUACGAUGAUAUUUUACCUUUCAACGCUGUUGAAUUCCAACAAGCAUGGGCUCUUGCAAAUGGGGUGAAUUUUAUUGCAGCUAAUGUUCACAAACCAGGUACUGGAUCACUUGGAAGUGGAAUUUAUUCGAAAGACACCGGUGCGUUAGUAUACACUUACGAUCCGGAUGGCCAUUCAAAACUUUUGAUGGCAAAUAUAAGAAUCAAUGACAAAAAAGACAUUCCACGGUUAAGUUCGAUUGCUACUGUCACUGAAGAUGGUGUAUUUGAAAGACAAAAUGAAGAAGGAAUCAACUUUCCAGAAUAUUGUUAUUACCCAAAGGCAGGGCCAUUUAAAAAUGUUUAUACAGAUUAUAGAUGUUACAAGUCCCACAUCGAAAGGCACUCCAGAAUCAAACUGGAAUCUCCUUUUGGCGAAAUAGAAUCAUGCCAUCAAGGCUUUUGCUGCCAUCUUAAAUAUUCAGCUGAAAGUAUGAAUGAAAAUUUCUAUUUAACAUCUUUUUCUGGUGCAAAUGAUGUUAGGAACUACUUCUAUUUUCAAGAACAAACUUGUCUGCUUAUAAGAUGCGAUCCUUAUGAAGAUAAAGCUUGUGUUAUACAACCGUCCUCGUCUACGACUGUUUUCAGAAAUGUAGAAAUGAAAGCACGAUUCGAAUCUCAGAAAAUAUUUGCGACAGUGUCUUUGAACAGGUUCCGCCUGGCUCCCAAACAGCUAUGGAACUAUUCGACCGAUGAUUAUGAAACAACACUGACAUUUAAAGCAGAUUCUAAUGAACCAUUGUUAAAAGUAGGAUUAUUUGGUAGAAAUUAUGAAAAAGAUCCCCCAUACAUACCAUAUAAGCAUUAUGAGUAGCAUGGAAUCAGUAACAAUAUCCUCCACUAUACUAAUACGAAUUGGCGUUUCCGGCUCGCAGAAAUAAAAAAAAAAACUACCAAUUUAACUGCCAAUGUUUCAUUUUUGGAAUCUGUUCUUUUUUUUUUCUAAUAAAGAUAGGUAACUCCA